AUGCUCUCGCCGCAUCGCACUCCGGCGGCAGCUUUCAAUCGCUUGCGAAGUAGCAGUGCCGCACGCUGUACCCCUCUCAAUGGCGCACGACACACGCCGUCACAGCAGCCGGAUCGGCCUGGACUAGCCACGGAAAGAACUGCUCAGUCUCAGCCAGCUCCGCCUCGAGCGCCGACUUCCACACCUGCCCCAGGAUGCCCACACUCCGCAAGCCUCGAAAAGCCAUCAUCUCAGGUGCAAAAGAACAGCACCUCCGAAGACAAGCGAAAAAGAAAGAGGGAAGGUCGUCUGCUCCCGCCAGUGCCCAAGCUGCGCGAUCUCAAAGUGAGAAGAGUCACUCGUCGUUGGGAAGGAGAGCAAGAGCAAGAGCAAGAGCACGGAGAGGAGUGGUUUCGAGCCACCCUUACAAGAUCCACGUUGCAGGGACACAUCGUGAGGCAGAGCUUUGACGGCAAGCCCAUCGUCYAAAUAGACAACAGAGACUUGAGGCYCCGGUCGCAUGUUGUCGAUCUGGAAACAGACCUGACAUCCGUGAGAUGGAAACCUAUAUGGCUGACUCGCUCCACUGGCCUGAUCGACGCUCAAAAGAGAAUCAUGGAGUUCGAGGAGAAGGAGGCGCAGAAGGAGCGGUUGCCGAAAGCCCCGAUUACAGCUCUCGUCCUGCUGCAGACGACUCCCUCGAACGACGCUUUCGUCCCACAAAACACCGCGGCAUAUAACGUUUGGCUGCGAAAACGGCUUGAGGGCCAUGCCGGCAUUACGCGGGAGAUGAGGCACAUCAUUUCUCUGCCGGAUGUCCGAGAUCUAGUAUUUAGCAAGACCUUCGUUGCCAAAUCUUCUACCUUUGACGUAUGGAACAUUCGAGACAGAGAGGCUGGUAUGAUCUAUGCUACAGGAGUCGAGCAGAGCGUGCCGUGCACACGAUGUGCCAAGGGAUCCGCUCCUUUCGAGAAAUGCGUCGUUCGAGAAGACAUUUCUGGCGGUGCUUGCGCCUGCUGUGUUUUCGGACCAGCCAACGACACCUGCGAUUUUCACGCUAGUAGCAAGGCCGAGACGCGGCGCACCUGCGAACGUCACGAAGACGCCAGCAUGAUCGCAUAUGCCCCUCUCCUCCAGAAUCCCGACCAAGACCAGGGGAGUGAACAUGCCAGCGAUGGCAGGGUAGAGCACGAAAGUGCCGUACACUCGUGUCGCAAGAGGAAGUUGGAGGCUUCUGAUGAUGACCUUUCCCUCUCGACUCGCAACGUUCGCUCCACGCGAGGCGUAUCUCAAGCAGCCGAGAGUAACAUCGCCGGCAUAGACCACGGUCCCACAUAUCCACCUGGAUGGCGCCACCCAAAAUGCGGCCUCGCGCCCACCCCGUGUAGCAAAAAGAAGAGAGCAGUUCAGCUACCUCCCGAAGAAGCGAUACAUGGGAUGAUCUGCCGUAGCACGACAUUCAGGGCGGGAGAAGCAAGUAUAAGUCAGGUGAGGUUUGUCAUGAGUCGGGCCAGCUGCCGAAAACUUGAGGUCAUUCACAGGAUUUGGAAGGAGAUACUUGCGCGCACACCACCAUUGCCGGAGCACUAUAGAGGAAAGGAGGACUUUGUUCGGUUUCUCAUGACGGACAUGCUGAAUGAGAUGAUCGCGGGCUUCUGCCCAGAUGUCGUUGUGCUUGACUAG